UGUGAGCUGCAGGAGGAGCAGCCACACACACUCCAGCGGCUCAAGUGAAGCAGGUUGGAUUCAACACAGUCAGAAAACCUGAUUUUGUUUGUUUGUUUGUCUUUCUUUUUCGGCUUGAAGUAGUUUGUAAAGUGAAGGCGCGCGGAGCCGGUGGUUCUCCCUGGGAUGUCAGCCGCUGUUUGCAGCCGGGAUGGGAAGAGGAGAGGGGGCUUUCUACAUAGACGUUACCUCGCUCGUGUCUGUUAAGUGCUACCUGAAGAGUAUCAAGAAGCAGCCGAGGAGCGGAGAGAGUGUUUGGUGACAACUUCAGAGAAGCACCUGUCUGCCGGUGGAUGUUGCGCAAUGGAGAUGAAGACAAGACUUCGAGCCGUGCUGAUGUUAAUAUGGAUCUCUCAAGGUGACACACACAAGGUGGAGAUCCCCAGAGGAGAGAUGGAGGUGGUGAAGGGCCAGAUGGUGGUGUUACAUGCCUGGUACAGCCCCAACUCAGACAUUUCCAAAAACACUGUGGUUUGGCACUUCACAGGAAAUGAAUCGAAGCCGGUGAUAAACUUUAGCUCGGGUGAGGUUGGGUACAGCCAGAACGAUUUCACCAAAAGAGUGGGCUUCAGCGUGGCCAUGCCCUCAGCCAACAUCUCCAUCUACAUCAACAACACCCAGGAGACGGACACUGGACGCUACUUCUGCAGCGUCAUCAUCCCUAAAGGUCUUAGCAUUUCAGGAGAGAUGAGCCUUAAUGUCAAAGUCCCUCCAUCUCCACCAGUGUGCACCAUGACAGGGAACCCAGUGGUGGAGGGCAACGUGACUCUGAGCUGCCAGUCCAGUUAUGGAAAACCAGUUCCACAUUACAAAUGGACCAAGGCUGCACCAUUGUCUGAGGUCUUUUUCUCUCCGAUGCAAAAAUGGAGAUCUUGCCCCCGGCCCAUGCUUAUCCUUGGGUACAUGGACGAGAGACACGGCACCCUCAGGCUCAGCAACCUCACUAAAGGCAUGUCAGGGAAGUAUGUCUGCAGAGCCAGCAACACAGCGGGCUCGGAUAGCUGCUCCAUUAACCUGGAGGUCAUCACCUCCUCUAAUGCAGGUGUAGUUGCGGCAGCUACACUGGGGUCGAUAGUGGGAUUGGUGGCCAUGGUGCUCUUCCUCAUAUUCAUACUGAGGAGGAAGCGGGACACUGAGGAGGAGAUAGCCAAUGAGAUCAAGGAGGAUGCUCAAGCACCAAAGCGGGUGUCAUGGGCAAAGAGCAACACAGGCUCGGAUAUUGUAUCCAAGAACGGCACACUGUCCUCCAUAGCAACCAGUCCUCGACCCCGAGACCCCAGCGCACCGAACUUCAACUAUCCAUACUCCCCAAUGUCGGCUUCUGAUGCAAGCUCUGUGAUCAACACAUACCAGCUGCGACCUGGAGAAGGCAACACGCUGCAGGGACUUCCGGGUUACAACCACGGGGGCACCCCUGUGCAGAAACAAAAGAGAACACCCACGACAAACGGGGCCCCUCCUCAGCUGCUGAGGAGCCCCGCAGUCGCCAUCCCCAUUAGGACUGAAGGGGCUCAGCCUCAAGUGCCACCUCCACUCACCGUGCCCCCACAGAUCCGCUCCUCCACCCUGACGCGCAUGGGGGCCGUUGCUGUCAUGGUGCCUGCUCAGAGCCAAGCAGGCUCUCUGGUGUAGCCAGCAGGAGCGUCAGGGUGGGAAAAUAAAAAAAGGACAGUGUGGGUGUGGCACGCCUUGCUUGAAAUGGAAAAAGCACUUUUCUCCAUGAAGACCUGAGAGGCUGUGAGAGAUAAAAUAAUAUCUGCAGGAGGGUUGCGCAUCAUUUGCACAAGCUCUCCCUUCCUUAUUUGAGUUUUUUUUUUUUGUAUGCUGAGCUCUGGCUCACUAAAGAGAAAUAUAUUUUUAUUUACACACCUGUACAGAGGUCUUAAAAAAUUUACCCCAAUGGUAAUUUAGUGCAGUAUGCAUUAAAGAAAUUGCCAAUUAUUUUUGAGGGAGUUGUGAUGAUUUAAUGCAACGUGUCUGUCCAAUUGAAGAAUUCAGUUUGGUUGGAAUUUUAAAGUUUGUGCAGAGUAUGUUUUGGCUACAUUUGUAUGAUGUAUUAACAAAGUAAAUACAAACUAAAUUUUAUACUUUACAUUUCACUGUUCCCUGGCUGUGUUAAAGGAUCACUCUCGGUCACUUCUCUCAGGCUAACUGCACUUGUUCAAACAGACACAGCAAAGUCACAAUUCAGGUAUUUAUCUUUGAAAUGUCUCACUUUUUAUUUAACAAACAUUUAUAACUGUUCACUUCAGGUUUUUUUUAUUUUGUUUAACCUACUGUGUUAGUGUCAGUAUGGUUUCAGGAGAUAGAUGUCAACAGCGAGAACAUACUUUGAAUAUUUUGCCUGUUCUGGUAGAUGGAAUGUAACCAAAAUAGUGAGUACAGCACUGCUGAAGAAGUCGAUGGAUUCUGACUAUUUUGUUCAAAAGUGCUCCGUAUAACUAAAUAUAAAUACUGUAAACUUACAAACCAAUUAGUUGGAGGAGGAUGUAACUGAUGGCCUUGUUUGUUUGUUUUUUGUAAGUCAACUCUGCAGAUGGGUUUGGAAGAGAUAUGUUGAUGUAAUGCUAAGUAUAGCACUUUUAUGCAGUUUUGAUUGUCGACAAUUUUUUCAAUAAAGUGUUCUGAAGUGUU